AGCUGCGCCUGCGCCCUCACAUAGAUCAGAGUCAUUAAACUGUGUCCCUGUCCGUUACUAUAACAGAGAGAUAUAGCCGCCAUAGUUUUCCCUUACGUUUGCUCGGUUAUCGGCUCUAGGUCACGAACUUCUUCAGGUUGUUCUCGUUUAGGAGUGUUUCAAGUCUCGCUGGUUGAAAAACCGGCCAAUGUAAUUUUUUGGUGAGACACUCAAGUGCCCCCUCCUUAAUUAACUGAAAAUCACGCGUGAUUCACGCUCAAGACCUCGGUUUCUGUCGCAUUAACGAAACACCCAUUUACUGCCGAAUUGUUCUUUAUCAGCUAUCUGUGUGACGUUGUGUGUUGCGUUCUUUGGUCACUCUUGACAGUUACCAAAUUAUUUCCUGUUAUUCAAAGUGCUAUUGGGUUGUGUGAUGUCAACGGGCGUGUCAGAUCAGCGGAUGAGAGGCCAAGGAAGUCAACAAGCCAACGGGCCCAACAAGGAUCAACUCAACGACCAUGAAGACUUUUCAUCUUGGAGGAACCAAUCAAUUCAGACUUCAUAUGUUUCCCCUGCUGUAGCGACAACUGACCAUUAUCUAUCAAGCUAUUAUGGCCCUUCAUUCUCUUACCCAUUGGAGCAUGGCGCGUGGUCGAGUAAUUCUGCCACGGGAACGGCUGAAUUGCCCUUUUUGGGUGGUUAUGGAGCUCCCUCUCAACAUCAGGCACAGCAUCUUCACCAACAAGAUCUUUACGGAAUCGACGGCAUGUUUGGUCCCAGUGGAAGUUUCAGCAAUUUCGGUGGCCAACCAUCAUUCGGUGGUGGAUACGGUGUUGGCACGGAAUACUCGACGUGGGAUCGUAAAGGGGCUCACUACGACGACUAUUAUCAGGCGGGAAGAACUGCUGAUCAACAAACGAUAUACCCAUCGUCGGCUACCUCUACUAGCCGACCGGAGGAAUCCUCGCCAUCUGUGAGCGUGAAGCAAGUAGAACAAGUUAUGCAAGGACUAUCCUUGGAGACGACCAAACCUGCCACACAGGAACCACAGCAGCAGCAACAGUCACAACAACCGAAGAAACUGACUUGGGCUUCGAUCGCCAGUCAGCCGGCCAAGCCUCAAUUGGCCACCAAGAAAAAGUCGAUGGUUCCUCCGCCGAUGGUGACGCCGAGAACUCCCAGUUUGGAUAUCGGCACGUGGGAGAAUAAGAACGGUGGUGGAGUUCAUCCCGCUAGUGUACCAGCUCCUCAGCAUCAUGGCCCUUCUGCUGUUCAGCCAGCAGCAGUCACCGUUGUUCCACAACCAGCUCCAUCACCAUCUAAACCGAUAGGGCAAUCGCACCUUCCACCACAACAAUUGCAGCACCAACAACUACAACAGCAGCAGGAACAGCAGCAGGAGCACCAACAGCAGCAGCAGUAGCGGCAACAACAGCAGCAACAACAACAACAACAACAAAAUCAACAGCAUGUUCCACAUCAAAACCAAAAUCAUCAACAGCAACAAGCUCAACAACAUCAUGCUAGCCAAAAUCACCAACAACAGAUAAAUCAACAAUCGCAAGUGCAACCGCAGCCACGCCCAACUCGGCCUACUCCACCUCCUGCUUUGAAUCAAGCGGUUCAACAACAACCCACAGUGGUAACUCCACCAAAACCAGCUACGACGUUGGUUGCAGUGCCACCGACUCCACCAGCGACGGCCCUUGCCAACCCCAUACUAGAAGAACUACAAUCAAAGCACAUUUACAACCCUAAAGAAUUCGAUUUGUCGGCAAAGAAUGCACGUUUUUUUGUUAUCAAAUCAUAUUCGGAAGAUGAUAUCCAUCGGUCCAUCAAGUAUGAAAUUUGGUGCUCAACCGAGCACGGCAACAAGCGACUGGACGCUGCUUUCCGCGAAAGGGAUGGAAAGGGUCCGGUCUAUUUGUACUUUUCGGUUAACGGAUCCGGACAUUUCUGUGGAAUGGCUGAAAUGACAUCAGCAGUAGACAUGUCGUCGACACUAUCGGUUUGGUCGCAAGACAAGUGGCGUGGUCAAUUUACCGUCAAAUGGAUCUAUGUCAAAGAUGUGCCUAAUGCUGCAUUGCGCCACAUUCGACUGGAAAACAACGAGAACAAGCCCGUUACCAAUUCACGCGACACCCAAGAGGUGCCAGUCGAAAAGGGUCGUCUAGUGUUGAAAAUCCUCCAUUCGUAUCGCCAUUCAACGUCCAUUUUUGAUGACUUUAGCCAUUAUGAGAAGCGUCAAGCGGAAGAAGAUCAGCGAAAGGUCAUGGCACCCGUCCCAUCGUCUGGUGGUCAUAGCAGCGGCAAUGACUAUGAAAGUGACAGGGCUCCUCCACAACGAGAAAGAGAUCCUUAUAAUCGACCCCAAUCGGACCGUAGAGAACGCGAUGGGUUCGAUCGUGGCGGAGAUGCAAGAGAUUUCCGUGGAAGGAAUGACAGAUCAGGAUUUGAUUAUAGGGAUCGGAACGGUUAUAGUAUGCGCGAUAGAGACAAUCGCGGUGGUAACCGAGACGGCCCAGGAGGGUAUCGCCCAUCUGAUCGCGACAGCCAAAGUUACCGUAGUGGUGAUCGCGUAACGGAUCGUGGAAGUGAUCGUAGAAUGGAACGCGGUGGAGAUCGUGGAAUGGAUCGUGGCGGAGAGCGUGGGAUUGAUCGUGGCGGAGAUCGUGGGUUUGAUCGUGGAGGAGAUCGUGGAAUGGAUCGUGGAAUGGAUCGUGGAAUGGAUCGUGGGAUUGAUCGUGGAAUGGAUCGUGGAAUUGAUCGUGGGAUUGACCGUGGGAUUGAUCGUGGGACUGAUCGUGGAAUGGAUCGUGGAAUGGAUCGCGGUGGAGAUCGAGGAGUGGAUCGCGGCGGAGAUCGAGGAGUGGAUCGCGGCGGAGAUCGUGGAGCGGACCGCGGUGGAGAUCGUGGACCGGAUCGUGGCGGAAUGGCUGAAAGAGGUGGAAACAUGCGAGAGAGUAUUUCGCGUGCGCGCCGUUAAAACGUUGUUCGGACUAUUAUCCGCGAUUAGCGCAACACGCAAACAAACAAACAAACAAAAA